CAGACAGGACUCACCUUUGGAAGCUCAAGGGAUUUUUAAAAAAAUUUAUUUAAGGAUAUUUAUUUCUAAUGGAGGUAAGCGGGCCCACCUGUGGACUUUGGCUGCUUGCCUUUCUCUCGGGAUGUGGGCUGCUGUCAGCUUUUAACCUGGACACCGAGAAUGUCCUGAAGAAGAGCGGGGACCCGGAUAGCUUGUUCGGAUUCUCUCUGGCAAUGCAUCAGCAGCUUGAACCGCAAGAUAAGAGAAUACUGCUGGUUGGAGCCCCGAGAGCAAAAGCCCUGAGUGGUCAAAUAUCUAAAGUGACCGGAGGACUUUACAGCUGUGACAUGAGCUCCUCAUCAGCAACCUGUGACAGAGUUAACUUUGACAAUACUGAGGAUAAAAGUCAAGAAAGCAAAGAGAACCAGUGGAUGGGCGUUACGGUUAACACUCAGGGGCCAGGAGGAAGAGUUGUGGCCUGUGCCCAUCGCUACCAGCGCCGGUGGCCUACCAUUGACACACGUAGCAUUACUGGCCGUUGUAUCGUGUUGGGGCCGGACUUGACCAUUGAUACAAACAUGUAUGAGCAGGGAGAAAAAACGCCGUUCUGUGACGGUCGCCUGACAGGCCACGAGUUGUUUGGCUCCUGCCAGCAGGGGCUCUCUGCCAUAUUUGACAAGCAGUACCACUACAUCAUCUAUGGGGCUACUGGAGCGUAUAACUGGAAAGGUAUUGUACAGAUGGUAAACAAUAAUUUAACUCUUUAUGAAGAAUUAGAGUACAGUGAUGGUCCUUUUGAGACCGGAGAUGAGAACGAGAAAGACCCUGACUUGGUCCCUGCUCCUGUCAACGCCUACCUGGGUUUCUCUUUGGACUCUGGGACUAAACUGACCAACAGGGAAGGCAGACUGACGGUAGUGGCGGGAGCUCCAAGAGCAAAUCACAGUGGUGCGGUGGUGCUGCUGAAAAAAGGUGAUUCAGGAAACAUCUUGGUAGACGAGUACACCCUGGAAGGAGAGGGACUGUCGUCGUCCUUUGGCUAUGAUCUGACUGUAUUGGAUCUCAAUGGAGACGGGUGGGAGGACAUAGUGGUGGGAGCACCUCAGUACUUUGAGAAGAAUGGAGCUAUUGGAGGAGCUGUCUAUGUCUAUGUCAACAAGAAUGGGAAAUGGAAUAAAAUCGUACCCACCAGAAUAGACGGACCCAAGGACUCCAUGUUUGGCCUGGCAGUGGCAAACCUAGGAGACAUCAACCUGGAUGGUUACCAAGAUUUUGCAGUGGGGGCUCCUUAUAAGGAUAAUGGAAAGGUCUUCAUCUACCAUGGAUCAGCCACAGGACUCAAAUCUACAGAAGCUUCACAGGUUCUUUCAGGCCAGCCAGGAGUCAAACUCUUUGGUUACUCUUUGGUGGGCAACAUGGACCUAGAUAAGAACUCGUACCCUGACCUGGCUGUUGGAUCCCUCUCUGACUCUGUAUUUGUCUUCAGAGCCUCUCCAGUUAUCAGCAUCGAGAAAGAAGUCACAUUCUCCCCCAAAGAAAUCGACCUCACUAAGAAGAACUGUCCCCCAAAAUUCUGCUUGGAUGUCAAAGUAUGCCUCAAGUACACAGCCAACCCAAAGAGCUACUCACCUAAACUCAGUGUGGAAUACUCUCUCAAAGCUGACGCCGACUUAAAAGAAAAAGGUCUUAAAUCGAGAGCGAUUUUUGCUGAUUCCUCUGACUACGAGUACAAAGGAGUCGUUGCCAUGGAAGGAAAAGGCCAGGGAAAUUGCUUCACACGUCGGCUUGAGUUAGAUGAGGAAACUAUUCAAGACAAGCUGCGUGCGAUCCCAAUUGAUGUCUCUGUGGGGAUCAAGGAAUCCAAACGAAAACGCAGACAGAGCUCAACUGCUCCACCGGCUCCUGUCCUGGAUGCAGAUGAGCCAGCAACAAUUCGAACUAUGUUAAAUUUCCAGAAGGAGGGAUGUGGCCCUGAUAACGUUUGUCAGAGCAACUUGCAAGUGAAAUAUCGCUACGGUCACAUACCCCCUUCCGGCGAGAAGCUCAUUCCACUAGAUCUGGAAGAUGGUGUGCCUGUGAUCACUCUCAGCAACCAGACAGAGGUUGUCCUGGCAAUCCAAGUGACCAACCAGAAUGGAGAUGAUGCACAUGAAGCCUUUUUGAACGCCUCCUUCCCACACUCUCUUAGCUACUCUACUUACAAAGUUCCAACUAAUAAACAACAGGUAACAUGUAUGGCCAACAAAGAUGGUUCUAAUCUUGGCUGCAAGCUUGGAAACCCCUUCAGACGUGACGCACAGGCAACUAUAUACAUUUAUCUGAGUACAGUGGGCAUCUCUCUCGACACAACAGAACUGGAGGUUAAUCUUACACUCGAGACAACGAGCGACCAGCAGAAAUUAGCUCCUAUUAAAGCAAAGGCAAAGGUGGCCCUCAUGCUGCAACUCUCAGUUACAGGAAUGGCCCAGCCAUCUCAGCUCUACUUCUCAGGAAAAGUCAAAGAUCAGGAAGCCAUGAAGACUGAGACCGACAUAGGCAGUGCGGUCAAACACCAGUUCAAAGUUAUUAAUCGGGGAAAACGCCUGACAGGCAUCGGCACUGCUACCUUAAACAUUGACUGGCCUAAACAGACAGAGACAGGAGCGUGGCUGCUCUACCUGAUGGAUAUCACCUCAACUGGAGUUGAGGGCAUGCAGUGCACUCCCAAAGGAGAAUUUAACCCUCUUAGCAAGAUACCAGUCAGCAAACCAAGUAACUCCAGAAACAGAAGAGCUGCAGAUAACUCUAAUGCAAACCAUGCAGGCACAAUUUCACGUUUAGUUGACUCGAAGAAAAUAAAAACUCUGUCGUGCGACAGUGGGGCUAAAUGUGUGAAGAUACAGUGCCCCCUGGGGGGUCUGGACAGUAAUGCAGUCAUAACGCUGCAUUCUCGCCUCUGGAACAGCACCUUCAUCAAGGAUUAUUCUGACUUGCAUCGCGUGGAGGUGAUCGUAAAGGCCUCUCUGAAUGUUGAUAGCACAACAAAGAACGCAGUGCUCCAGAAUGCUGGGACAAAUGCAAAACUGACAGUGUUUCCAGAGAGACGAGCAGAAGGCGCUUACGCUGGAGUACCGUGGUGGAUCAUCGUGCUGACUAUCCUCUUUUUGCUGAUGCUUUUGGCUCUUUUGGCUUUCCUUCUCUGGAAGUGUGGACUCUUUGGGAAAAAGAAAGAGGACCCAUCAGAAAAAGAGAGGCUGACACCAAAUGCUUGAAAGAGAGAGAAGUGUGGCUUUUUCAAGUAUGCCAAAUAUGAAGAUAAGGUUCCCAGUAACAACAUGAGGAGAGAAAAAUAAACCUGGGGUGGGUAACUGGAAAAACCCAGAAAGAAGCCCUGGAUGAUGACAUUGCACAACAAACAUUACUCCUAACAAUCAACCAGAUCUGACUAGUUUCCUGUUUAGUGAUGAACUCAAAAUUUAGCUAUUUUUUCCUGCUUUGUCUUUGCACAGUUUGGACUGUAAAUAUCAAAAAGAACUUAUGUGCUUCAAAAGAGAAAUAAAUUGCAGGACUGAAACAUUCUGAGUUAUCAAGUCUGUGCAAAUUACUGAAGGAGAGUUGCAUUGUGGGAGAAGAUCCUGCUCAGCUACUGUCUGUUUGAGCUUUUUUGCACAUUAACUACUUUCAGUCUUGACUGAGGGGCAGGGGGUGGGAAGUUUUAUAGGUUUUUUGUACAUUUUUUUUCAAUACUUGGCAGAAUUAUUUGUAUUUAUUAUUUGCGAUGAGUUAUUCAUGUUAAAUGCCCUAAAGGCCAAAGACUUAACUGGAGAUGAAACAAAUAUUCUUAAUUAGAAAGUGCAUUUUUAAAAUCAUUUCUAUAGUAUGUGCACCUUACUUUGUGAUACACACACACACACGCACAUAAUUUUUUAUAUAAAUAACACUCUCAACUGUCUCAAGUCAAGUUAAAACUAACUUUCCACAGUAAUCCAGAGCUCAGUUUGUGAAUAAACAGAUCAUGCCCUUGCAGAAUCCAUAUUUCAAUCUCUGGCUGUUAAACAGAGCACUAA